AUGAACAUGGAGGAACAUAAUUCAUCUUUGGUGGUAGAAUCAUCUUACCCAGACUUGGUCAUCAAUGUAGGAAAAGUAACUCUUGGUGAGAGAAACAGAAAGGAGCUGCAGAAAAUUCAGAGAGAACAAGAGAAGGCAAAAGUCAUAAAAGCUGCAUGUGCUUUAUUAAACUCAGGAGGAGGAGUGAUUCAGCUGGAAAUGACAAACAACAAUGAGCAUCCUGUGGAGAUGGGACUGGAUUUAGAAGAGUCUUUGAGAACACUUAUUCUGCCUUCAAAUUUGCAGGAUUUCUUCAAGACUAAGCAACAAGGGAGGUGUUAUUACAUUUUUGUUAAGUCUUGGAGCAGUGACACUUUCCCUGAAGACAGUUCCUUUAAGCCCCGCAUUUGCAGCCUGAGUUCUUCGUUAUACUGUAGAUCUGGCACUCGUGUGCUUCCCAUGGAUUCAAGAGAGGCAUUCCGUUUCCUGAAAACCAAGAAAAUAAAUGCAACAGUCUUGGGGAAAGAACCUUUUGGUGAAGUUGUCAAGGUUAUACGUCAAGACCUCCAUAACUCGGAUCCUACUUACCUAGUUUUCCAAAAAGACCAGCUUGAAUACGGUGAAAUCGUGCCUUUUCCCGAGUCUCAAUUCAUAGAGUUUAAGCAGUUCUCUACAAAACACAUUCAAGAAUAUGUGAAAAACAUAAUUCCAGUGUACAUCCCUGCAUUUGCAAACACUGAAGGAGGCUAUCUUUUUAUUGGAGUGGAUGAUAAGAGUAAGAAAGUUCUGGGAUGUGCUAAAGAAAAUGUUGACCGUGAUUCUUUGAAAAAGAAAAUAGAAAACACAAUAUACAAAUUACCUUGUGUCCAUUUUUGCCAGUCUCAAUGCCAGAUAGAUUUCACAGUCAAAAUCUUGGAUGUGUUAGCUGGGGGAGAGCUAUAUGGCUAUGCUUGUGUGAUCGGAGUGAAGCCAUUCUGUGGUGCACUUUUCUCAGAAGCUCCCUGUUCCUGGAUGGUGAAGGACAAGGAUAUUUGCAAACUGACAACUCAGGAAUGGGUAGGCAUGGUGAUGGACACAGAUCCAGAUUUUACAUGGUUGUGCAAAGACUUUGAAUCUCAGCUGAGUCUGUCUAGCGGGCCUCCUCUUAGCAGACCAGUGUACUCCAAGAAAGGCCUGGAACAUAAGAAGGAUCUCCAGCAACUCUUAUUUCCAGUGCUACCAGGAUGUCUGCAAUAUACUCCCAAAUCCCUCUGGAAGGAGCUGUCUUCACAGAAUGAAGGUUUGGAGGAAUUAAUAAAUAUGCAAAUAUAUCCAUUCUCCCAGGGAAUUUUAAUCCUUUCUAGAAGCUGGGCUGUGGACCUGAACUUGCAAGAGAAGCAAGCAGUCAUCUGUGAUGCUCUGCUGAUAGCAUGGAACAGUCCCCCCAUUCUCUACACCAUUCUCAGGGAGCAGGAUGCAGAUGAGCAGUCCUAUUGCACCAGCACCGCCUUCACUCUGAAGCAGAAGCUGGUGAACAUGGGGGGCUACUCUGGAAAUGUGUGCGUCAUUACCAAGGUCCUCCACCUGAGUCCUCAGAGCAAUGCAGAGUCCUCAGAGGGUGCAGCAUCCCUGAUUGAUUACCCCAGGUCCUAUUACUUUGCAAGCACUCAGCAAAUGGAAGCUUUGUUGCAGUCCCUCGUGAUUGUCUUGCUUGGCUUCAGAUCUUUCUUGAGUGACCAGCUUGGCUGUGAGGUUUUAAAUCUGCUCACAGCCAAGCAGUAUAAGAUCUUCUCAAAAAACCUCCGCAAGAACAAAGAGUUGUUUAUCCAUGGCUUACCUGGCUCAGGGAAGACAGUCAUGGCUGUGAAGAUCACGGAGAAGAUCAGGAAUACGUUUCACUGUGAGGCAAAUGAAAUUCUCUACAUUUGUGAGAACCAGCCUCUGAGGAAAUUUAUCAGUGACAAAAAAAUCUGCCAUGCAGUGACCCGGAAAACCUUCAUGAAAAAUGACUUUAAAAAGAUUCAACACAUCAUCAUCGAUGAAGCUCAGAAUUUCCGCAGUGAAGAUGGGGACUGGUAUGGCAAAGCGAAGACCAUCACUCAGAGAGACAAGGAUUGCCCAGGAAUUCUCUGGAUCUUUCUAGACUACUUUCAGACCAACCACGUGGAGUGCAGCGGCCUCCCUGCUCUCUCAGCCCAGUAUCCAAGGGAAGAGCUCACCAGAGUGGUCCGCAAUGCAUAUCAAAUAGCUGAAUACUUACAACAUGUAUUGCAGGAGGUCAGAAAAAAUCCUCCACCUAACAUCCCCCUUGAGUCCCUGCAGAUGCUUCUUGAAGCUGAAUGGGCUCAGGUUGUUCAGGGAACCUUAAAUAUUAAGGAAAACUUGACUCUGAAUAAAAUAGCCACACAUGUGGCAGACACUUGCAAGCUUCUCUUUGAAAGGGGCUAUUCUCCCAAGGACAUCGCUGUGCUUGUUAGCACCACAAGAGAUGUGGAGUGUUACAAGCAGGAGCUCUUGAGAGCAAUGAGGAAGAUAAAGGUAGUGCACUUCACCAAUGCGAGUAACAUGUCAGGUGGUGAUAUUGUGUUGGACAGUGUCCGAAGAUUCUCUGGCCUGGAAAGGAACAUCGUGUUUGGGAUCCAUCCAAAGACAGUUGAGCCAGCUAUCUUACACAACUUUCUUGUCUGUCUGGCAUCCAGAGCAAAUCAACAGCUACAUAUUCUGUGGCACCGUGACGUUUAG